AUUAAGAGUCUUGAUGAAGAGCAGCAUGGUAGUACUCAGUAUGUUCGGAGAGGAGCUGAAUGGUGACACAAAGUGCAACAAACCAGCUGUUAUCCUGUGAGUUUUCAGCAUGCGGCGUAGCUUUCUGCAGCAGCAGCUCAGGCAAAGGAGUCACUGAACAACUUGUAACAGAAAACGUGAAGCCAGCAAUGCAGCAGCGUUUAUGAGAAUCAACCUACGCCGCCUGACUUUCGACUGCACUGACAACACGCUCAAUCUGCGACGAUGAACGCGACAGACGCCGACUGCAGCGCCCCUUCAGCAGAGUACCAGUACUACCUGUUCCCAGCGGUUUACAUUCUAGCCUUAGUCGUAGGUCUACCUGGAAAUCUGGCUGCCUUCUUCGUCUUCACCUUCAGGACCGCGUCCCGCACGGCCUUCAGUGUGUACAUCAGCAAUCUGGCUCUGGCGGACAUCGUCAUCCUCUGCACUCUACCCUUUAAGAUCCACUAUCACAUCAACAGGAACAACUGGAGUUUUGGGGACGUCGCCUGCCGCGUCACUGGGAUUCUGUUCUACGCCAACAUCUACAUGAGCAUCUGUUUCAUGACUUGCAUCUGUGUGGACCGCUACGUGGCCACUGUUCACCCGCACGUCUAUCUGCGGCUGCGGAGCCCCUGGUGCUCUGUGGUCGUGAGCGUCUUGCUCUGGUGUGCAGUUGGAGUGGCUAUGCUGGUCUUUGUGCUCAUGGGACCUCUGGAGACCAAUGCAGACAAAUCCGGAAGCCACAGAUGCUUUGAGAAUUUCGCCAAGAAUGAGUGGAACUCGCGUUUGGCGGGGUACAGCUUCCUGUGCCUGACGUUUGGCUCCCUCCUGCCUUCCUUGAUCAUCCUGGUGUGUUACCCGCUGGCUGCGAGGCGCAUUUCCAUGAUCGGGACUAAAACAGCACAAAAAGCCGUGAGGGUCAUUCACACCAUUCUGGCUAUAAUGCUGCUCUGCUUCCUGCCCAACCAUGUGGUCUACCUGCUGCACCUCCUGCGACGCAUAGACAUCAUCCAGAGCUGCUCUGCUGCCAACGCCAUCUACCACGCCAGGCGGGUAACGAUGGCACUCGUCAUCCUCAACACGUGCCUGGACCCCGUGCUUUACUACGUCACCACCAGCCACUGCAAAUGGAAGCACUUUAACAUAACAUGGCUUCGGAGAAGAAUCAGGAGGAACAGGGGCAUUUAUAUCAUCACGGUGAAUUGAGUGAACCUAGAGCGGUAACAGCACGUGUCGACUGUAAAUACAGCUCUGUGUACGCUUCACUGUCUCUGCAUGUGUAACUUCAGUGUCACAAAAAUUAUACUUUUCUAUAAAAGUGUUUAUUCAAGCUGGCUUUGUACAUCAAAAUAAAGGGAACAAACUAAA